AUGGAUUGCUUCAAGGAUAAAUUUGUCGAAGGACAGCUGCUGGAUGGCCGCUUCAUGACCGUGGCUCCCUUGAACCAUGGCUCUUUCGGAAUGGUGUUUCUAGCGAACGACACAGCAACUGGUGAAGACGUCGCUAUCAAGUGUUUGUCCAAGCCCUCAUCCGAUGCUGUGGCUCUCGAAGACCGGACCGAAGAGCUAGACUGCCACACCCGCCUGGCCUUUCAUCCCAACAUUGUCAACCUAGUUCAUUCUUUUGAAACAAGCGUUCACAUCUAUCUUGUUUUGGAAUACUGCUCUAUGGGUGAUCUAUACGAGGCUAUUCGUGUCAACCGUGGUCCUCUGGAAACCGAGCAUGUCCGUGAUUUUAUGCUUCAGCUUAUCGAUGCUAUCGACUAUAUGCACUCUCAUGGUCUCUACCAUCGCGAUAUCAAGCCCGAGAACAUUUUCCUCACCCACGAUGGGUCCAUGAAGCUUGGAGACUUUGGCUUGGCUACACGACUGGACUGGUGCCACGAGGCAUGCGUUGGCAGUGACCGCUACAUGGCGCCCGAACAAUACGAACCUCCUCAGGGAGGCUACUCUCCUGCCAAGGCUGAUAUCUGGUCUAUUGGAAUUUGCCUCCUCAACAUUCUGUUCGCCCGGAACCCGUUUGUCACGCCAACCGAGACUGACAUCCUCUUUGCCGACUACGUGCGCGACCGCCAGUCCCUGUUUGACAUUUUCCCCAACAUGUCUCAGGACACCUUUGAGAUCUUGCGCCAUGCAUUGACCAUUGAUCCCAGCAAGCGCAGUCUCUCUGGCGUUCGUGAUGCAAUCAUGCGUACCGUUAGCUUUACCACCGAUGAUGAGUCUUUGGAUGACUUCUGCACCGAGGACCGGAGCGUCGUUCCUGCCAGUGCCAACCGCGAGCCCUUGCGUACUCCAUCCAUCCAGUCUCCCCAUAUCAACUCGGGCGACUCGUUCCCCUGGGCCAAAGCACUGCACGCCAGUCCACCGCAGCCGAUCCGCCAACUCUCUAUUAUUCCGGAUACCGAAUACUACUCGGAGGAUCUAUUUCCUCCGUCCGAGACUGCUGGCACAUCAUGGUUUACUGUCCAUCCAGAUACUCCAUCUGUCGCUUCGGUUCUUGAUUCCGCCAUGGAAGCUUCUUACAAAUCUGUUGCUCCGACCCGACCAGCUCUUCCUCGCAACCCCCCUGUGGCAACCUCUUUGCCAAGCCAUGCCAUCAAGCCUGUAUCUGCCAUGUCGAUGGUAUUUGGGAACAAGAAAGACAAUCAAUUCUCAAAGAGCUGGAGCGACCUAUGGGACGAGGAGUGGGAACUUGAAGAAGAGGAUACCUCCUUCCAACAGCGCCGCGAGAACAAUGCUCGCAGCUGGAGUCAAGAUAGUAAGGAGGUCGAAAGCCCUGUGCACCCAGUCGGUUUGUUCGAACCGGAAUCUUCGUCUUUCCUCAACUCCCGAUCUGCCAUUCCUCGUCGUGGAUCCGAGUCAUCCGUGUUCGCAACUCCUUCUAAAAAGGAUGAUCUCAAGGGGGCCAGUCCUACCUCGCGCUCCCAAAACCGCAGUCCUCGCAAUACCGAGGGCCAAUCGAACGUGGACAAAUGGGCCGCGCUUGGCGAUCGUCGCAGGAACUUUCAUCCGAGGGAAGAAACUCCCAGACUGAAGAAGCAACGUUCGAUGAACCUCAGCUGGAGACGUGAUUCUGGCCCCUCCCGUUCCCCUCAGCGGCGAAACCCCUUUCUGGACAAGGAAUGGCGACGCUAUGGCGAAAAUAUCAAAGCCAAACCAAACCAUGAUUACCAUGGUAGUCUCGACGAGGAUCUUGAUCUAGUUGGAGGAUGGCACGACCUACACCUAUAG